AUGGGAUUCAUGCGACCAUCUACGUUGUUUGUCUCUGGAGCCAUCGUUCAUCUUCAAGCUCUUCGUACUGCUUGGGCUCGUCGUGUGCUAAAACCGGCCGAGGGUUAUUCGAUCGCUUCACUUGAAAGUCUGAAACGAGCCGGCCAAGCGACGACGAUGCCGCCGUUCGUCAGCAUGUCAUCGCAACUGCGUCGUCGACCCCCAUCGAUGGAUAUGGUCAAGCAGACUGUCACCAAUCUGAUCGCCACCGGACUCGUCUACAAAAUGGGCGAUCACCUGUUCGUCUCCGUCCCAGCACAAGUUGAACCGAAAGCUAAGGUGGCGGUGGAAUGCCAAACGGGCAUGUCGAUCAUCGCACACGAAGAGCCGGAGAAAAAAGACCGUUUCGGCUUCAUAACCCGUAUCUUCUCCAAGAAACCACACCUAGCCACAACAGCCAAGGCUACCGCCAAUCAGGCGCUCGCCUUUUCCUCGAAGUUCGUUCCCAACUGGGACCAAAAGCUGCUGGCACCAACUUCGUGCAGAUAUCAGACUACUCAAAGACGUACACAGCAUGUCAUCGAAAAGGUUGAACAUCGACGUCACCCGAAAUGCGAGCGCAUUCAGAUCACUUCAUCAUCGGAGUGUCUUGAUUAUGGUCCGAUCGACCCACCUGAGUGCUUGCCUGGGAAAGUUGAAGUGAUUGAAGACAUGCGAAGCCGUCGCAAACGUCGCAUAAAGCGAAAGGAGAUUCGCACAUCUACACCAGUGGAAGCUUCGGAUUCUGCCUAUUCUGUUUCUCCAGUUCAGACCGAUUCAAACGAAGAACGAGGUAGCUGGAGUGAGCCGGAUGACAACAAGAAUUUAGGUCUCCUAAAGAAGCGUGGCAGUGACAAAAUUUUGAAGCCGAAACAGGAAGGAUUCCGAGGAGAAUGUGAGGUCAAUGUCUACAAGUUGCUGGCAAGGGCGUUGCGUCACUCGACUUCCGGAGAUGUCAGCGAAGGAUGCGGAGGCGACGCUGAUUCAGACGGAUGGCCAGGCAUAAGCAUGGAAGAUGCUGAAGGUCUCGCCCGCAUGACUCCUAGAUUUUAUGGACUCACUUCUGUUCCAAUCGACAAGAAAGAUGUCGACUUUCUAAUAUUGGAGGAUGUUACAUCUACUUACUCUUCUACCAGCCAUAUUGGAUGUAAAAAUGGGCAGAAUCACAUGCACUGCAAAGAUGGCAAAAUCGUGGUGAAAGAUAAAGAAUGGGGGAAGAGCUAUGAUGAAUACAGUAUCCUAGACGGUCUUCUCGAAUUCUUUUCUGGACGGGGAAUGGACUCAGGAUUGAUAUCAGAAGCAUUGUCGAAGUUGGAUCGUGUACGACAAUGGUUUGCUAAGCAGACGUCAUUUCAUUUCUAUGCAUCUUCACUUCUGUUCGUUUAUGAAAACGAUUCAACAAAACCACCAAACGUUCAACUAGUUAUGAUUGAUUUCUCACAUGUGUUUCCUUCGAAUAAUCAACUCGAUACUAAUUAUAUCGCCGGACUUAAUGAGUUACAUUCCAAGGUGAAGAGCAUUCUUGAGAGAUUCUCAUCGAUGUCAGCAUCUCAGACCUCAACAAUUGAAAAUCAUUGA